AUGGCGCCGCCGGUGACGGAAAGGGGGCUGAAGAGCGUCGUGUGGCAGAAGAUAAAAGCAACAGUGUUUGAUGACUGCAAGAAAGAAGGCGAAUGGAAGAUAUUGCUUCUAGAUGAAUUUACCACUAAGCUUUUGGCAUCAUGUUGCAAAAUGACAGAUCUUCUAGCAGAGGGUAUAACUGUUGUGGAGAAUAUUUAUAAAAAUCGAGAACCUGUCAGACAAAUGAAAGCUCUUUAUUUUAUCUCUCCAACAUCAAAGUCUGUAGACUGUUUUUUACGUGAUUUUGGAGGUAAAUCAGAGCACAAAUAUAAAGCAGCAUAUAUCUACUUCACUGACUUCUGCCCUGACAGUCUCUUUAACAAAAUUAAGGCUUCUUGCUCCAAGUCAGUAAGAAGAUGUAAAGAAAUAAAUAUUUCCUUCAUUCCACUUGAAUCUCAGGUAUAUACUCUUGAUGUACCAGAUGCAUUCUAUUACUGUUACAGUCCAGACCCAAGUAAUGCAAAUGGGAAAGAUACCAUCAUGGAAGCAAUGGCUGAGCAGAUAGUUACAGUAUGUGCUACCCUGGAUGAAAAUCCUGGAGUAAGAUAUAAAAGUAAACCUCUAGAUAAUGCCAGUAAGCUUGCUCAGCUGGUUGAAAAAAAGCUUGAAAACUACUACAAGAUUGAUGAAAAGAGCCUAAUAAAGGGUAAAACUCAUUCCCAGCUCAUAAUAAUUGAUCGUGGCUUUGAUCCUGUGUCCACUGUCGUGCAUGAACUGACCUUUCAGGCAAUGGCAUACGAUCUACUGCCGAUUGAGAAUGAUACAUACAAAUAUAAGACAGAUGGGAAGGAAAAGGAGGCAAUCCUUGAAGAAGAUGAUGACCUCUGGGUCAAAAUUCGACAUCGCCAUAUUGCAGUUGUAUUAGAGGAAAUUCCCAAGCUUAUGAAGGAAAUUUCAUCAACAAAGAAAGCAACAGAAGGAAAGACAUCACUUAGUGCUCUUACCCAGCUGAUGAAAAAGAUGCCCCAUUUCCGUAAACAGAUUACUAAGCAAGUUGUUCAUCUUAACUUAGCAGAAGAUUGCAUGAAUAAGUUCAAGUCUAAUAUAGAAAAGCUCUGCAAAACUGAACAGGACCUGGCACUUGGAACUGAUGCAGAAGGACAGAAAGUCAAAGAUGCUAUGCGAGUACUCCUUCCAGUUCUACUCAGCAAAAAUCAUGAUAAUUAUGAUAAAAUAAGAGCAAUCCUACUUUAUAUCUUCAGUAUUAAUGGAACUACAGAAGAAAACUUGGACAGGUUGAUCCAGAAUGUAAAGAUAGAAAAUGAGAGUGACAUGAUUCGUAACUGGAGCUACCUUGGUGUUCCCAUUGUCCCUCCAUCUCAACAAGGCAAACCAUCAAGAAAGGAUCGGUCUGCAGAAGAAACUUUUCAACUGUCUAGAUGGACGCCUUUCAUCAAAGAUAUUUUAGAGGAUGCCAUUGAUAACAGAUUAGAUUCCAAAGAGUGGCCAUAUUGUUCCCAGUGCCCAGCAGUCUGGAAUGGCUCAGGAGCUGUAAGUGCUCGGCAGAAACCCAGAACUAAUUAUUUAGAGGAUCGAAAAAAUGGGUCUAAGCUGAUUAUUUUUGUGAUCGGAGGGAUUACAUACUCUGAAAUGCGCUGUGCCUAUGAAGUUUCUCAGGCACAUAAGUCCUGUGAAGUUAUUAUUGGAUCCACGCAUAUUUUAACACCCAGAAAACUGUUGGAUGAUAUAAAGAUGCUGAAUAAGCCCAAGGAUAAAGUCUCCUUUACUAAAGAUGAAUAACAUUUUGGGUGGGGAGCAAUUUAGAGAUUCUUAUUAAUUUGUUCAACUAAAAUAGAUCAAGACAUUGUUGCUCUCAUGUAAUUUAAACAGUGUAAAUAUUUUAAGGAAUAAUGACUUUCAGAUGUAUUUCUUAAGGGACUGUCUAUGAUUACAUAUCAUUGGAUUUGCCAUUUUUAAUUUAAAUA